AUGUCUUUGCGCUAUUCAUCUCCAAACUAUACCAAGGACAAGGCAACCUUUGAAACUGAUAAAAGGGAGCAGAUUGACAAGAACUUACCCAAGAUCAAGCUGGUGACGCUUAGGGAGUGGCUGGCAAUUUGGCUUUGCUUGGACCGUGAGUCAACGCCUGAGCUCCGAGAUGCGUUUGGCUUGUGUAGUCAUUUCUAUGAUCCGGAGUCAAGGAGGCUGCGACGUGCUCAAAUUACCUUCAACAAUUGCCGCCCGCUGAAUAACCAAACUGUACAUCAACUUGCGGAUGUUGACUCAAUGAUUGGCGUUGUUCCAAGAAACAUGCCUUUGAUUCCUGUACCCACUCUCAAGACUGUCAAGUAUUACAUGAUGAGAAGCAAAUCGUAUACUCUUACCUCUGACCUCCACAUUGGGCCAGUCAAAGUAUUGAUGGAUGACCAUACUUUAGAAAUGCAUAUACACAAAGUGCCCAACAUUCGAUUCUUGGAUUUGGGAGAUAAUGGAAUGUUCCGCUUGCACUUCCCGCUUUUGGGAUCAACCGGUAACAACAUGUACCUGGGUGACUCCCAAAUGGCUCAGCUCUACGACUUGGCGUUUCAUCCAGCAGCUCUUCAAACCCUCCUGGAGGAUUUAGUACGAGAAUGGCCUGGCACCUAUGAGGACGAGAAGUUCAGAAGUCAAAGCCACAAGUCCAAGCGAAAAGAGUAUCAAAACCAGCAAGGCAAGAGUCAAGACAUGCGUGGAGGCGUGGCGCAGCAAACUGGUCGAGACAUUCAUGUCGAGUACAUUCAGGAUUGGUUGGAUUGCGCCAGAGCCAUGAUCCAGGAGACUGAGAAGCUGCGCUGGGCCAGGUACUUUUUCUUGUCCUACAAGCUCAGAGGAGUGAAGAAUUGGGAGUGCAGCGUUCAUCCCCCUCCAGAGGUCCCCCCCGUGACGGUGCUUAAUGAGCCUACGGGUGAUGAUGAAGAUGUUGAAAUUGAGGUUGAUCAAGAAAGCCCAAGGGUGAAAGCUGUCGAAGGUAUACUCAGCCAUUUCAAUACCACUCUAUUUGAGCCUGGUAUGUGGUUCAUCAACAUUGCCACCCGGAUCACCAUCUUGCCAAAUCCGGACAAUCCAUUGGAGUGUACCUUUGCGGAUGUGGAUAUGCACUCCCUUCUAUUUCAACACUAUACCGGCUUAGCAUUUGAAAGCUGUGAAGAGCUUGUUAGCGGUCAAGGAAAUCAUUACCAGAAGGACAAAGUUGCCCACUUGAACGCCCUUGCUGGCGGUUGCUUGACCAUCCCCCGUAGGCUAGCAGGAGACACCGGUAUCACUUAUGCGCAAAUCUACACCACCGACAAAAGCAAUACCUACAACAUUGCGCUAGCUCAGAACGCACAGCGAACCAGCGCCAUCCAAAUGCUUGAGUCAUGGGAUCAAGAGCUCAGCACGCAUAUCAACGGGUUGAUGUCUAGCUUUGAGAACUUGGCUUGCAACCAUGGUGUAGCCUUACGUAUUGAGACCUGUGUAGAGUAUGAGAGCUAUCCCACCUGUCAUUUGAGAAUACCGGAUGAGCUGCUCCGGAGGUGUGUCUAUGUUUUAGACCGUGAUGUGUUCUGGCACUGGAAACGUUGCCGGCUUGCGUCCAUGAAAAGCGUUAUGUGCCAAUGGAUGGACGCUCGGCGUACGUUUACCCUCAACCAGCUUGCCGUGGCUGGGACAUUGCUCAUCAUCAUGGAAUACAUGAUGAAUACACUGGUGAACCGUCCAGCCUCUGGGGGGACUUGGGACCAGGUUCAUGAUGCAGCCUGCGUUAAAGAAAUGAGGGGAAACAAAUUGGUUCCCACGCGUAAGCUGGGCGCCCUGUUUCUCCCCAAGAUUCAUUUUGAGAAAAACAAACAGCCGCGUGUUUCUAGGCAGCGAGUUCUUGACCAGGCAAUCAUUCUCUACUUACUUGGGCCUCAAGGUCAAUCGUUGAGCAGUAUCAUGGCUUUCAACAAGAUUGUGGGAGUGAAUCUCCAAAAGCGACCGCGCAAUGAAGACCCUUGCCCUUGGGAAAGCGGCGCACAGAAUUCAAGCGCGGCUCCAAUAUCAAACAAGCAGAGACUAGUUACGAUCCGGAGUACCCAUGACACAGCAAACCCGCUUGCUGGUCCCGAUUAUGCUCAAGAUCAGGAUACGUACUCAUCAGAAGAAGAAGAUCAGGCAGAGCAAGAGAGCGCUUCACCGUUCAAGAAUAUGCUUUGGGACAUUAUCAGCAAUUAUCCAAUCCAGAUCAUGAACAAGGCUCCUAACCGCUCACAAGCGCGUGAGUCUUGGUGCCAACUUGGCAGCAACAAGCUUGCUGGAGUAACGCAUGACUUCUUCACCAGCAUGGAGAAUCUCACAAGAGCAUUUGAAUUGUACUACUUGUUUCCUGCUGAUCUCAGCAAGUGGGAUGCCACCGUGGCUCAUCUUUUUCCGCUCAUUCAAGGCAGCACCGGGAACCUUGAAAGGCAACAAGGUGUUUUGAAUUUGGGAGUGGUGGUUGAGUUUUGCACCAUGCAGCUAGCCCUUCCUGAGUCAAGUCAAGCGCAGAUGGUUCAAGACGCUAGACAAUAUGUCUCAGCACACUGGGCUUGGUUACCCAUAGGCACGGGCAAGAACCACUUGUGGUUGUCAUAA